AUGGUGCUGAAGAAGGUGCAGGGCCUGCUCAGCAGGCGUCCUGGAACCAGCUCCUCUGAAGAUACUCCGACGUACGAUCAAAAUUCACCCGAGGGGAACGCCACGAGGGGCGUGCGGCUCUUUUGCGAGUCUGGCGGCCCCAACAAUUCUACGGAAGAAAUCCAGUACCUCCCAGACAUCGUGACCGCCGCCGAAUCCUCCCCCGUGGCCGCCGAAGCCUGCGCAUACCAAAUCCGCAAGUUCCUUUCCAAGGAAAACUAUGGAAAGCCCCAUGUGCAGUACAACUCGAUCAUGCUGAUCCGCAUCCUCACCGAUAACCCCGGCCCCACCUUCACCCGCAAUAUCGACACCAAGUUCGUCAGCACGAUCAAGGACCUGCUCCGCAACGGCCGGGACUCUAGCGUCCAGCAGAUCCUGCGGGAGACGCUGUUUGCGCUGGAGAGGGACAAGGCCUACGACACCAACCUGAAUCCCCUGUUCCAUAUGUGGCGUAAGGAGUACGUCCAUAGCAAUGGUAGCAGCAGUCACGCUCCCCGCACACUCAACGCCCCGCCGUUUGACGCCAGUCAAGGAAGGCCGUCGGGGCAGGGCUGGGGUGACGACAACGGCCAGACCGCCCGCCGCUCGCGUGGCCUUCCCUCCCCCUCGGAGCUGGCUGCACGGAUCGAGGAGGCACGGACGAGCGCGAAGCUCCUGAUACAGCUUAUCCAGAGCACGCCGCCAGAGGAGCUGGGGAACAAUGACCUGAUCAAGGAAUUCGGCGAGCGGUGUCAGCAGGCGCAGCGCAGCAUCCAGGCCUACAUCAACACGGCGACCGAGGACUCGGCGCAGGCGGACGACGAGACGAUGCUCACCCUGAUCGAGACAAACGAGCAGCUGUCGCUCGCGCUGACCAAGCACCAACGCGCCUACCUGGCCGCCCGCCGCACCAACUCGUCCAACAACGUGACUUCUUCUUCCAACACCCCGACCCCGACUCCCCCGCCCGCUGCCAGUACGUUCGCCCCUCCCCCGCCCGCCGCCGCCGCCGCCGCCGCGGCAAGCCCUCCCUUCUCCGAGGAUCCCGCAGACGCGUACGCGCCUCCGCCCAACCCGCCUCCCCGCUUGCAGCAGUCGCUGGCCGCGCGCGACUACUCUCCCGAUCAAGCGGCAGCAGAAGGAGACGAUCCCUUCGCGGACUCGCACGCCUCCUCCUCCUCCACCACCGGCGCAACCCCCCAGGUGCACCCGCUGGAGCCGCUGCACUACGGCACCGCCGGAGACAACGCGCACCUGAUCAGGCCUGGUGGCGGUGAGUUCCAGAGCACGCCGAGCUACUUGCACAGGCAGGAGAGUGCGGAUGUGCACAGGACGAUGCAUGGAGCGGCGACGGGGUCGCCGUCGGAGCCGGAGGGCAGGAGUGGCGCUGGUGGGUACGGAGAGGUGCCGGAUGUGAGCCCUGUGGAGGAGAGGAGGGUCGUGUAUAGGUACUAG